UGCUUGUAUUGCUGUUUUUUUUUCGAAUAGAAAUGUGCUAACUUUUUUGCGUGAUUCAGUCAAUUCCUUCACCUGACUGAGCGUUUAGUGUGGUUUUUUGGUUUCAUCAGAUUUCAUCACUGAUUUGACGGAUUUGGUUAUAUCGGCAUGAAUCAAUUUGGAUUUUUUUGAGGAAGUGUAGCUCUUUUGCUUUGUUCCUGAAUAGGAGUACGUUUUUAAUCGAAAAUUGGGGCGAAACAUGCCGAACACCUUAUACGUACUGAACCCUACCGUAUACGUAUUCGGGUCCAGAAUAAAUAAAAUGUUGACUUUAUUAUUGAGAAAGAAUUUAGUCAAAAAAUAUUGAGAAAGAAAAAAAAUCCAGCAACGUGACAUAGAACCAGGCUGAUCUUGAUAGCUUGAGGAAAAAAAAAAGAUCGAGACUCGACCACGGGCGGACCCGAAGGAACAGCUGGCGUCGAGCCCAAACCUCCAAACCUUGCUGCCUCGGUCGGUCGGUAGCCUGUACACCGUAUACGUAGAAACUACGCUACCGUAUGCGUAGCGAACACGCUACCAUAUACGUACCGUAGUCGGACCCGAUACACCGUAUAAUACAGGUCGUCGACGCCCUAAUUUGGCAAAAGCUUUUCCGCGCAAUCGAUCGCAGAGUUUUCGCGCGAACAAGAAACCUCCAGCUCCCCGCUCCGCUCGAAUCGCUCCGCCGCCAUGGCGCAUUACCGGCGCCGCGGCUGCCUGCGCCGUGCCCUCACCAUCGCCGGCGGUGUGUCGGCCGGCCUCCUCCUGCUCGCCGGCGGCCAUACCUACGCCCACGGCCAGCUCUUCUCGCCGGGCUUGCUGCCCCUCGGCCUCGGCGCCGACCGCUCGCCGUCCUUCGCCCCGCCGCCCUUCGCUCUCUCGCCGCUGCCGCCCUACCUCCUCUCAGACUCGGAGGCCGACGCCUCGCCCCCGCAGCCGGAAGCCAACCUCCCGCGGCGCCUUCUGCCCCUCCACCGCACGCCGCCGCCCUUCGCUCUCUCGCCGCUGCGGCCCUACCUCGUCUCAGAUUCAGAGUCCGACGCUGAGCCCCCGCAGCCGGAAACCACCCUCUCGCGGCGCCUUCGGCCCCUCCAUCGCUCGCCGCCGCCCUCACCCUUCCUGGGCUUGGACUCGGAGGCCGAUCGCUCGCACGACGACGCGGACGCAGUCUUGCUCCCGGACUGGGAGGUUCUUGUCCUGACUGACGCUGAGCCUGGCGCCAAGGCGACGUGCGCCUUCCAGGGUGGAGCGUCGUCCCCGGCGAGCGCGCUCGGGAGGCUGCCGGGGUCGGGCCGCCACGCCUACAUCUGCCCAAUGCGUGAGCCUGCCCGGAGCCUCCAGCCGCUCCAAGCGCCCGUGCUGCUCCCCACCUCGGCUUCCUCUGCCGAUUGCCCUGGCCGCGCAUUGCUGAAUUGGACCGGCCGGAUCGCGUUCAGCUCUGCAACACUCGACAGUGGCGAUGUUCUUGUCUUUGCAAAGGGCGUCAACCAUGUUGCUGGCGGUGUCCAAUGCCUGUAUCGCUACUGCGGCGAGACCCAUGCCGUGGUGGCCUCCUUCCCGGCCAUCACGUCCGUACAGCAGGUUACCCGGUGCCCCGCUCCACCGAUCCAUCUGAACUCUAGGAACACAGAGUUCCGUGUCACCGUGGCAGCCACGGGCGAGGAUCCAAUCCCGACACUCGUGACUUAUCGUCCCCGGCAGAGUGAAAGUGGCUCGCUGGUGGCACCGGAAAAGAACCUGAUUUGUGCAUGCACCAUGAUCCACAACGUCUCAAAGUUUCUUCGCGAAUGGGUGCUGUAUCAUGCCGCUAUCGGGGUGGACCACUUCAUCCUGUAUGACAAUGGAAGUAAGGAUGACUUGGCAGAUCAAGUCGCUCAGUUGAGGUCCGCUGGAAUCAAAAUCUCUACCGUGCCUUGGCCAUGGAUCAAAAUGCAGGAAGCCGGCUUCUCCCAUUGUGCUGCAACGCACCAGAGCUCUUGCAGGUGGAUGGCCUUUAUUGACGUCGACGAGUUCGUUUUUUCGCCCAACUGGGAACGAUCUGAGAAACCGUCAAAAUCGAUGCUUGAAGAGAUUGUUCAGGUUGAUCCAGAUGUCGGGCAGGUAUAUCUGUGGUGCUUUGAUUUUGGCCCCUCUGGCCAAACAUCACACCCACAGGAGGGUGUCAUCCAAGGAUACACAUGCCGUCUGAAGAGGUUUCUACGGCACAAAUCGCUGGUUCUGCUUGCUGCAGUGGACCAUUCUUUGGAGAAUGCAAUUCACCACUUCACACUGAAGGCUGGUUUCAAAAGUAUACGGAGCAUGCAGGCACGUGUGAACCAUUAUAAGUACCAGGCGUGGACCGAGUUCAAGCAUAAGUUCAAACGACGAGUGUCCGCCUACGUGGCUGACUGGAGAGAUCCAAUCAACCUUGAGUCCGCUGACCGGGCCCCCGGCUUAGGUGUUGAUGGAGUCGAACCGGUUGAUUGGGCUCAAAGGUAUUGCGACAUCAAGGAUAACCUGCUUCAGAAAUUGAGCUCAAGAUGGUUCGGUAACGGAUUGGGAAGUCCGGGAUCUCAGGAUACUUAGGCUUGGCAGUAUCUGUAACCUGCGACUGUCUAGAAGGAUCCAGAGGCAUUAGAGAUGGAACUGCAAUCUAGUUUAAACCUGUCUCCUUGCCUCCCAAGAUCAAUCUAGAUACCAAUCUGUACAUCGCUUGCCACGUUCGGCACCUAUAAAUAAACAUCACGCGGCCUCCAAUGGAGGUAGAGACGCUUCCACAAUUCUCACAUGGUAUCACGAGUCAUCUUCCUCUUUUAGCAAUUCAUCUACAUUCAUCUGAUUAUGGCGAGCUCUUCCUCCAGCUGUAGCAUUUCAUCAACACCGCCACCACCAUCUCGGAGGAAUUCCUGUCCAGCGCUGACAAGGAUGGGAAGCAGCACUGACAAAUCCUUUCAUAAGGUUCACAGGAUGGCAGUUUAAGUUUGUUGAAGGUUUGGUAUCACUUCUGCUCCAGGUAGGACAUCUUUGAGCAGGACACCAUGCACAAAAGGUUUGGUACUAAUUGCUUGAAAAAAUCGUGCUUUUUGCAGCACCAUCCUGUUGAGCCAUGAGAUUUGAACCAAUGAAUUCAGAUAACAUCUACCAUGUUUAUGGAUCACUACAUGUUCCAUUGGAAGUGGAACAAUGUGAGAUUCCUUUUUCAGUAAUCAUCUGAACACAGGUUUCAUGCUUUUCUGAAAUAUUCCGUGCCACACAUUGUUUGCUACUUAAUUCUCAAAGAAAUCGUGCUUUCGCAUCACCAUCCUGUGGAACCACGAGGCCUGAUCCAAUUAUUUCAGAGAACAUGUACUAUGUUUAUGGAUCACUACAUGUUCUGGUGGAACAAGGGUUUGCUAAGGUUCUAUUUUAAUCAUACGAUGAGCAUGGGGUCCACAACAUACUCACAUAGUUACAAAUCUGAAGCACUGGUUAGUUUGUUGGCUAGCAGUAUGAAUCAGAACUGGGUACUUUUAUCUGUUACGAAUAAUUUAAAUAUAUUUUUAGUGAUCUUGUGUGCUUUUAUAAAAAUCUGAAGGUGGUCAUGAUUAGGCUGACCAGUAGGCUUUUCUUCUGUGUGAACAGAAGAAGGAAGAUGGUACCUAAAAGAACCAAAAUAAUUGAUUCUUUAUGUACAUUUGUAGAAAUAAAACAGAAUAGAUAUAAGAUGUUUUUGCAGUUUAAUAAAUUGAACUGCAAAAACGUCUUAUAUUCUGGUUACAGGGGUAGUAGUUCUGACAUCAUUUUGGAAAUAGCAUCCAGUUACUUACCUUUUUUCUUACCAUGUGCUUGCAGAGUAGUUCUGAUAUCAUUUUGUAAAUAGCAUUCAGGUAGUCAUGCCGAGUUUUCUAUGAUCCAAAUAAGAGGACACUUGCCUUUGUUUUAACAUACAGAUUAAAUGUUCAUAAGUAUACUAUUC